UCUCUCUCUCUGCACAAAGCCUUGCUACCUUUCUCUCUGUCUCGCCAACGGGUACUUAUUUGUCUCUUUCUUCGGCCUUCUUGACCCUUUUAUACUUCAAAACCCGCAUACCUCUCUCUCUCUCUCUCUCAUACCCACUCUAAUCGUACAAUCGAUUAGUUAAGAUCUCUGCACUUUUGCUCAAAUAUUCUAUGCAAAAUCAUUCUUGGGUAUCAAUUACCCAAACCCAAAUCCUUUUUCAGUCAUCACAUCACUAACAAUGGCCGAACAACAAAGUUCAGAAGCUCAAACCCACAUCCCCACCCCAAAUUCAACAUUUUCUUCUUCAUCAUCUUCAUCUGAAUCGACUCGGUCUCUGUGGAACCAACCCACAACAACAACAACUCAGAACCCAGAACUGAAUCGAGAUAGUAAUAAUAAUACUAAUAGCAACAAACACCCAGUUUACAGAGGAGUUCGUAAGAGAAGUUGGGGCAAAUGGGUCUCCGAAAUUCGCGAGCCUCGAAAGAAAUCUCGCAUAUGGCUCGGCACUUACUCUACCCCUGAAAUGGCCGCUCGAGCCCACGACGUGGCUGCGUUGAGUAUCAAAGGCAACUCAGCGAUUCUCAACUUCCCUCAACUCGCUGACGCGCUACCUCGUCCCGUCUCUCUCUCUCCCCGCGACGUCCAAACUGCAGCCGCUAACGCAGCUGCAAUGGUUCAUUUGGGUUCCUCGCCAACGACGACGACAAUGCCCGAUGAACUGGGUCAGAUAAUUGAGUUACCGAGUUUGGAAGGGAGUUUUGAGUCAGGGACCGAGUUCAUGGUGGUUGACUCCGCUGAUGGGUGGCUGAAUCCGCUGGCGAGGAUGGAUGAGAGUGACUUUGACUUUUGUAGGUAUGAUUUCGAUCAGACGGCGGAGGAGGAUGAUAUGAUCUCUAGCAGCUUUGAAACUUUGGCAUGGGACUCUUAAGAAUGCAUGUUUGCCACAAGACACAAUCUCAUACUUCUUUUACUAAUCUAUAUCUAUAUCUAUAUUUAUAUCUAUAUAUAAAGAAAAUAUUUGAAAUCUUCAAAAAAAAAUAUUAAUUAUUUUAUCUAAAAUAAUGUGACAGGAUAGGAUAAUGUUAAGAAUAUCAAAUUUUUUAUUAAAUAAAUAAUAAAAUUUCUUACAUGGGUGUCGGGUCUACAAUACCAUGUAAGAUAUUUGAUUAUUUAUUUAGUAAAAAAUUUAAGACUUAUAGCAUUUUCCGACAAGAUAUGUAAUAAUUUUUAAUUUAUUACGCAUUUAAUAGUGGGUCUAACUCUCAUAUCAUAUCAUUGUAAAUGAAUUUAUAAGUAUAAAUAUAUAAAUCUCUAAUAUUACUCAUA